UUUCAUGCAAUAUUGUUAAAAUAUUGUAUUAUUACUAAAAUUAUUAAAAUAAAAUUAUUUUGUUAUAUACCAAAAUUCUUCGUUAAUUGAAUAAAAAUAUGGAUUUAGUCAUAACCCCUGAACCGCAUUUAAUACCAGGCUAUACUGGCCAUUGUCCCCAAUUUCGUUUUCGUGAGGGGAAAACUUAUGGCAAACUUUCACAUAAACUUCUUAUAGAUCCCUGUACCAAACAUGCUGCUGAGUUGAUUGUUACACCACCAACUCAGCCGACUCUUAUGGAUUAUCCCACCGAAAGAGAAAUAAACAUGUUAAAAAAACGUAUUUAUUAUAUAGAUCCAGUCUAUCAGCAUCCCAUAAUACCGGGCUAUGAAGGUUUUAUACCAAAUAUGUCUAGUAAAACGGGCAAACGUUUUAUGGCUGCUGCCACUGCUGGUAUAGCAGAACAUGAGGCUUUAGCCAAAUUGUUAAGAUGUGAAAGAAAUUUAUUGAAACAUCGUGAUAUAUUAGAAAGUGGUAAGGGAAGGUUUGAUGCUAAGUUAAGAGAAAGAAUGAUUCCAAGUACAGUUUACAGAUUGCCUUUGAUUCCUGUAAAAACAAGGGGCCAAGCUUUACAAUUGGAUGAAAUAAAAACUAAAGUGAAAAGGGAGCUUUAUACCAAAUUUACAGUGCCUCACUUUAUGGAAAAUGAUAAUAAAGAGAAAUAUAUUGUAAAUGGUUACGCUGGUCACAUACCCAUGACCAUGACACGUUUCGGUCAAAGCAAUAAACAGCUGACAAACAGUGCUCUGUGUGAAUUUACCAAUAAUUAUCAUCAUCGCAAAAGUGACGAAUGGUGUCCCAUGGAGAUGAGUGGUAUACCAUCCUCUUCAACUAAUAGUGGACAAUUUGUCAUAUAUCAUCGAACAAUUGGUAUGGUACCAUCAUAUGCAGGACAUGUACCGGGUGAACUAUUUUCAUUUGGUCGCACGUAUGGUAACUCAACAAUUGAUGCAAAAAAUUGGUUGGCAUUGCACAAGGAUUGAUGAUGACACAGAGACAUGUUUUUGAUACAGGAUCAACAUCAAAAAAAAACUAGAUUUAUUUAAAAUACUUAAAUGUGAUUGUGUUUAUGUCCGUAUGUUUUUGUGUGAUUUGCAGCGCGUGUGUGCUUUGGAAUGUAUUUUAUUUAAUGUUUGAUAUAAAUUUUAGUUUAUUGCUAUAUUGUAUACUUAAUUUUAUAUAUUAAAUAGAGCAAAUUAUUUAAGUGCAUGCAAAUUUCAGUUUGAUGAAAAUAAAUUGUACAAAAAUUAAA